AUGGCCUUGUACGCGGCCCGUGCGCCGGAUCACCCCCCAACGUCCCUGGCAGAGCGCGAGCGCAUCCGCGAAUUGUCAAAAUACUACUGCACCUUCAGCCAUCCCGGCACCGACGAGUCGUCCAGCCAGGUUGCACCGACGGGAGAUGGGCAGCCUGGAGCAGCUUACCUCUCUCCCGACAUCACACUCAACGCCAUCGCACAACUAGGUGUCUAUCGGUUUGGGUGUAAUCGGUCCUUUAUUUCUAUUAUCGAUGGCAAGAACCAACACAUCAUUGCCGAAACGACGACUUCUAUAUCUUUGCGACAUAAGGACCAGCACUUGCCAGACGAUGGCAUAUACCUGGGCUCCAGAACCAUAGAUCUCUCCUGGGGGGUUUGUCCUCAUACAAUCAAGUUAUUCACAGCUCAAGACACCUCGCUAGAAAUCGAUACCCCUAAUGUCACUGCCAAUCGUACCCGAUACAUUAUUCGCAACUUUGCCGAUGAAGAGUGUUUUAGGGAUCGGCCUUACGUGGUCGAUUGGCCCCAUAUGCGGUUCUACGCCGAGGUGCCUUUGUUUAGCCCGUCCGGUCACGUAUUGGGUUCCUAUUGUGUCGUGGACGACGAGCCGCGCUCUGAAUUUGGGGAUACCGAGGUUGCCUUGUUGCAGGAAAUUGCAGAUGCCCUGGCAAAAUACCUAGAAAGCACUCGCAUUGUCCACUUUCAUCGCCGAGCUGAGAAACUGGUGAAAGGAGUGACUGAUCUUGUCACCGAUCACUCAGACCCUGACACCGAACUCAAAGAAUUACGUCCUUUCGCAAAUCUUGCUGUUCAAACCGACUCGGAUGGCAGGAAUGAGCCUGCUGUGUCACCUUCAACGCAAAGAGAAGAUCAGACUUCAACGCAAAUCACGGCUGAAUCAUCGCCAUUGUCCUCCGGCAGGGGGAAGUCUUAUCAUACCGAAACCACUUCGGCCUCCCUGCACGAUGACCUUUUGAAUGCCGACGAGGUGACUGGACCCGAUGGAAAUGAUGCCAACCCUCAGACGAACUCAUAUUCCAGCCUGGCCAUUUCUCGGUCUAUCGCAUCCAUAUUUUCUCGUGCCAGUGUCAUCUUGAGAGACUCUAUGGACCUUGAUGGAGUGAUGUUCGUAGAUGCAUUUCAAAGUAACUCUGGAACCCAAUCGCCUGAAUCAUUGGCUGCCUGGCAGCCCUCGUCAAAACCAUUACAUUCCGGCUUUCUUAACAACCUAAAUUCGGUUCAGUUGGGCCUUAACCGCGAUGGAAAACCGCCGCAGGAAUCUCAAAAAUCAUGCGAAAUUUUAGGACAAGCUUUCACGAGGUCAUUGAAAGAUGGUCAGAACGGUCUUGAAAUCGUUUUGACGGAACAAUUGUUACAGAAGAUGAUUGCAGCUUUCCCUCACGGGCAGAUCUUCAUGUUGGGUGAUGGAGUUACGGAUAGCCAUUACCUUUCCUACCAGAGUGGAGGGGAAGACUCUAUCACCGAGCUUAACAUUCUCCGCGACAUCACCUGUGAGCUAGCUAAACAACUUCCCGAGGCUGACUCGGUGCUUUUCUUCCCACUGUGGGACUGGAAUAAAUCACGUUGGCUGGCAGGGACCCUCCUUUGGACGAGAAAGAUGCAGCGUGCCUUGGGUAUGCAAGAACUCGGAUUCUUCAAGGCUUUCAGCAACUCGAUCAUCUCCGAGGUUGCCAGAGUCGAUUGGAAUAAUACGGAGAAUUCCAAAUCGAACUUCAUCUCCUCCAUCAGCCAUGAGCUUCGUUCCCCACUUCAUGGAAUUCUUGGCAAUACUGAGCUGUUGCGGGCGACAGCCCUUGAUCCAGGUCAGGCCGAUAUGGUCAAGAUGAUUGAAGCCUGUGGCUUAACGCUAUUGGACGUCGUGAACCACCUACUGGACUUUACAAAGAUUAAUAAUUUGACAACACCGGUUCUCCAAGGAGGCGACAAGCUCAAUCCAGACAUGACGAGCCUGAUAACUGAUUUUGACCUGGGCAUAUUAGUAGAGGAAGUGACUGAAAUUAUGUCCACUUCACAGAUGCCAGGGGGGAUGAAAAACUCUGAAUCCGAAGCUCAAGGCUCCCUGGGGGUCCCAGCUGGAUCCUCGAACUCUAAAGAUACAGAAAAACCCUCUAUUGUCGUCCGGGUCGAGCAGCAAAGUGCAUGGAAGGUGAGCUCGGUGGCGGGCGCUUGGCGAAGAAUUGUCAUGAGUCUUCUUGGAAACUCCAUGAAGUGGACCAAAGGCGGUCUCAUCGAGGUAUCCCUGUCCAGUAUCAGGGCCGGCGGCUCCGAGCCUGUACUGGCCCAUCUGUCAGUGACAGAUACAGGCAGAGGAAUAUCCCCCGACUAUCUCAGACACUCGGUCUUCUCCCCGUUUUCCCAGGAAGAUCCCCUUUCAGAAGGCGUUGGGCUCGGACUCAAUCUUGUGCGCAAGCUCGUCGCUUUUCUUGGGGGUCAUAUCGAUGUGAAAAGUGAGUUGGGUGUAGGGACGCAAGUGGAUGCUUACAUUCCUGUCCAUUCCUGCGAGGAGGAUGGCUCGGGAUUAGAUCCCAACGAUGAAUUACCAGACUCGAGUUCGGCCACUCGGGCAUGUCUUGUCGGCUUCAACGAUUGCCCAGACUUGAACGAAAUACCCACCGGUAUUUUGAGCGCAGAAAACAAACGCAAAUUGUCGAUUCAAAACUCUCUUAGCAGUGUCAUUUUGGCGCAGCCCAAUUGGAGCGUUUCAUUUGCAGAGGGUUUAGAGAAAGCGGAUGGCGAUGUUGCGAUUAUCGAGGACACAAAAUUGCAGCAGUUGGUUCAGGCCGACUCUUCAUCCGUGGCCCAAUCCAGGAUCAAGCGAUUUAUCGUGCUGGGUGAGAAAAAGUCAACUGCAGGACAUCAUGUGCAAGCCAAUUUCAUUCACGUCUCUUAUCCAUAUGGCCCGCGCAAGCUAGUCAAUGCUAUCAAGUCCGCUUUGAAAAACCCUGGAGUCUCACUCAUACCUUCCGAGACUAAGACUUCGUCAGCCCAAGCGCCCAAUACCAACGAAGAUGCUCCGCCUGAUCCUGGAACUUCAACGCCACAUGAAGCCGCUCCCGCUCCCCCUCCUCCUGCCCCUGCUGCACCCCAGCCAUCGACUGGAAAGGAUAAUGGAAUACACGUUUUGAUUGUAGAUGACAACAACAUCAACCUCAAGAUCCUGUCCACCUUCGUGCGUAAAUUGGGCUGCAGCUACGAAACGGCUUCAAAUGGGCUGAUUGCCUUGAAUAAGUACAAGGAGUCCGACAAACCCUUCACAUACGUUUUAAUGGACCUCUCAAUGCCUGUCAUGGAUGGCCUCGAUUCUACGAAAAACAUUCGAUUGUUUGAAAAGGAGACGUGCAGGCCGGCAUCUUGCAUCAUGGCUGUCACUGGGGUCGCUUCAGAUGAAAUGCAGCAACAGGCUAAGAUGGUGGGGUUAGAUGACUACCUCGUUAAACCAGUCUCCCUGCAGGGUUUGAAAAAGGUAAUGAAGAUGACAUGA